GGGUUGGGCUGACGGGUGGGCGCCACGGUUCUGAUUGGCCAGGAGGUAGGGGCGGGCGCUCUUCUGCGAUUCACGGAGGCGAUUGGUCAGUAGUGGCGCGCGGGCGUCUAGAUUGGCCAUCAGGGUUCUGGCAGCUUCCAGAAGACGGCUGAGCCGGCUAUAAAGCGGGCGCCAACGGCGCUGUGCCGGCACAUCGCACCGCGAGCAGCAGCGGGAGCGGGCGGCGGGGGGACGCGAGUGAGCAGCUGAGCAGCGAGACCUGUCAUCAUGUCUGGCAAAGGGCCGGCAAUCGGCAUCGACUUGGGCACCACGUACUCCUGCGUGGGUGUCUUCCAGCAUGGCAAGGUGGAGAUCAUCGCCAACGAUCAGGGCAACCGCACCACACCCAGCUAUGUGGCCUUCACUGAUACGGAGCGCCUUAUUGGUGAUGCUGCCAAGAACCAGGUGGCUAUGAACCCUACCAACACCAUCUUUGAUGCCAAGCGCCUCAUCGGCCGCAAGUAUGAUGACCCCACAGUGCAGUCUGACAUGAAGCACUGGCCCUUCCGUGUGGUGAAUGAGGGUGGCAAGCCCAAGGUGCAAGUGGAGUACAAGGGUGAGAUGAAGACCUUCUUCCCAGAGGAGAUCAGCUCCAUGGUCCUUACCAAGAUGAAGGAGAUUGCUGAGGCCUAUCUGGGGCGCAAAGUGCAGAAUGCUGUCAUCACAGUGCCUGCUUACUUCAAUGACUCCCAGCGCCAGGCUACCAAAGAUGCUGGCACCAUCACUGGCCUUAAUGUGAUGCGUAUUAUCAAUGAGCCCACAGCAGCUGCUAUAGCCUAUGGCUUGGACAAGAAAGGUACCCGGGCUGGAGAGAAGAAUGUUCUCAUCUUUGACUUGGGUGGGGGUACUUUUGAUGUGUCCAUUCUUACCAUUGAGGAUGGAAUCUUUGAGGUGAAGUCCACAGCUGGUGACACCCACCUGGGUGGGGAGGACUUUGACAACCGCAUGGUGAACCAUUUUGUGGAAGAAUUCAAGCGUAAGCACAAACGCGACAUUGCUGGCAACAAGCGAGCAGUGAGGCGGCUGCGUACGGCUUGUGAGAGGGCAAAGCGCACCCUCAGCUCUUCCACACAAGCUAGCAUUGAGAUUGAUUCCCUCUACGAGGGCAUUGACUUCUACACCUCCAUCACUCGUGCCCGCUUCGAGGAGCUCAAUGCUGAUCUUUUCCGUGGCACCCUGGAGCCUGUGGAGAAGGCUCUGCGUGAUGCCAAGCUUGACAAGGGUCAGAUACAGGAGAUUGUGCUGGUGGGUGGCUCUACCCGUAUCCCCAAGAUCCAAAAGCUGCUACAGGACUUCUUCAAUGGCAAAGAGCUCAACAAGAGCAUCAACCCCGAUGAAGCUGUUGCUUAUGGCGCUGCUGUGCAAGCAGCUAUUCUCAUGGGAGACAAGUCUGAGAAUGUGCAGGAUCUGCUGCUGUUGGAUGUCACCCCUCUGUCCCUGGGCAUUGAGACGGCUGGUGGAGUGAUGACCGCUCUCAUCAAGCGCAACACCACUAUUCCCACCAAACAAACUCAGACCUUCACCACCUACUCGGACAACCAGAGCAGUGUCCUGGUCCAGGUGUACGAGGGUGAGAGAGCUAUGACUAAGGACAACAACUUGCUGGGCAAGUUCGACUUAACGGGCAUUCCCCCAGCACCCCGUGGAGUCCCCCAGAUUGAGGUCACUUUUGACAUCGAUGCCAAUGGUAUCCUGAAUGUCAGUGCUGUGGACAAGAGCACGGGUAAGGAGAACAAGAUCACCAUCACCAAUGACAAGGGUCGCCUUAGCAAAGAUGACAUUGACCGUAUGGUGCAAGAGGCGGAAAAAUACAAAGCGGAGGAUGAAGCUAACAGAGAUCGGGUGGCAGCCAAGAACUCCCUCGAGUCCUACACUUACAACAUGAAGCAGACGGUGGAGGAUGAUAAACUGAAGGGAAAGAUCAGUGACCAGGACAAGCAGCGAGUGCUCGACAAGUGCCGGGAGGUGGUCUCAUGGCUCGAUCGCAACCAGAUGGCUGAGAAGGAAGAGUAUGAGCACAAGCAGAAAGAGCUGGAGAAACUCUGCAACCCCAUCGUCACAAAAUUGUACCAGGGAGCUGGAGGGGCUGGGGCAGGCGGCUCCGGUGGCCCAACCAUCGAAGAAGUAGAUUAAGAGGACUGAAGUAUAGACUGGUUUAUGGACAGUCGCUCUGUUCUUUGCUUUGUAUUUUUUUUUUUUCCUAAUGUUUAAGGAAAACGUCCUUGCCGAUAACAGAGUUUAUUCUGUUGGGUGUGUAUAAAGGCAGAUCUGUCAGCUUGGUUUUGAUAAAAGGGAAGGCACGUCCUGCUUUAUAAGGUUAGUAAUAGACAAGUUUUGUUAAUUCAGACACUGCUGUUUGUACUCUGGAUGUUUGUCUCUGUUCAAAUGUCUCUCCGUAACCACUCGCCUGUUGCAGUUGGCAAGUUUCAAAUUAUGCAUGAAAAUCUUUAGGGAAGAUUAAAAAAAAAAAAAAGGCAAGCCAAAUUUGGCUUCGGGAAAUUUUGGUAACAAAUAAAACAUAUUUAAAGCAUAAA